GCGUCUACUAAAACCCUCUCAGUGAGUGAGCUAGCAGCAUUAGUCACCGUCGCUCAAUUUUUAGGGUUUAGCUCUCAUCGUCUCUCCAAACCUUCACCGUCCGCUCACCCUCACCAGCUGCCAUGGCGAGCACCAAAGUUCAGAGGGUUAUGACCCAACCCAUUAACUUGAUCUUCAGAUUUCUUCAAAGCAAAGCGCGGAUUCAGAUUUGGCUUUUUGAGCAGAAGGAUUUGAGAAUUGAAGGAAGAAUCAUUGGUUUUGACGAGUACAUGAAUUUGGUUUUGGACGAUGCUGAAGAAGUAAACGUCAAGAAGAAGAGCAAAAAAACAUUAGGGAGGAUCCUUCUUAAAGGAGACAACAUAACUUUGAUGAUGAACACGGGUAAAUGAUGAUGAUGAUCUCAUUGGUACGGUGGUUCCGUUCAACAAGGCCGAUUUAUCUUUACCCUUUCAGUUUAAUUACUAUAUCUCUUGUCAACAUGUUGAAUACGCUGCGUGAAAAAAGUUAUGUUGACAAUAUGAAAUUUUUAUGCACCAAACAAAUACUAGGUUUGUUGGUCCUUGUAGUUAUGUCUUGUUGCUUGUAUUAAAGUCCAAACUCCAGAAUGUAAACCAAGCUGUGGUGAUUCAGAAAGUUUAACACCAACUUAUAACCUUCAUCCAUUUAUUGACUUCCCCCCUUCUAUCAUA